UAUCUUACUUUAAAAUAUACCUCAAAAGAUUUGAAUAUUGUCAACACAUUAAAAGAAGAUUUCUUCUCUACCGAUUGGCUGAAAAAAGACGAAACGAGAUAUUUCUGCGCCAACAAAUCAAACUAACAGGCGCGAUGAGUGCGGUCGAUAUAAAUUCGGACGUUCUCGGGAGAACACCACAACCCAGAAUAUGGAUUGGACCAGAAACCUUUACUGAAGAUAUACAAGAAGGUGAAAAAAUAGAAGAGCAUUACGCAAUGUCUUGGACUAAAACGGUUUGCAUCCAAGAUGAGCAUAUGGGAAUAUUUGAGGCUCUAGCGAUAACUUUUGGAGUGGCCAUCUUUAUCACAAACUUCGUUGUUGUUGCUGCUAUAAAGAGAGGAGGCAGGAAAUUACACAAAGCAACUUUCUACUGUAUUUGCAACCUGGCUGUUGCUGACAUGUUAGCAGGAUUGCUAUUACUUUGGGUCUUCGGUCUACAACGGGCAGUUCUUCCCUUUCGAACCGCUCAAUCUGAAUUGGUACAGAAAAGCGUGUGGACAUUGACUGUCUGGUCUUCGCUUAUGAGUCAAGUUGUCAUAGCUGUAGACCGAUAUCGCCAAGUGACUCGAGGAGCAAAAGGUGACGCAUCAUAUCCUAGAGGUGACAGAUGGGGAAAUAAGCAGAGAAAGAGAAUGAUAAUUGCUGGAAUCAUCAUUACUUGGUUGUUCCCAACGGUAUCUUACGUUAUUCCUGUCAUGACAACUUGGAAUUGCAGUGGAAAUUGCUCGUGCUAUUUUAAAAACAACAACACAGACGUUAUCUACAUGACUUGCCUACCUUUAACGGAAUGCUCACAGGUUAACCCUCCAUUCACAAAGGCAAAUAUGUUGUUUAUGAGUCUAGUUCUGCUGUUGCUUCCAUUUAUUCCUGUUAUUCUCUACAUCAAAAUUUUUAUUUUCGUUCGAAAAUCAUCGAAAAAUCUUUACCCGUCAACGAAAAGUAAAAAUGGGCACAUCGUGGUGUCAGGAUCAUACACCGAUAAUGGAUGGUUAACUAAAAGAGGAACUGAGGACAGUCAUGCUCACUACUCGAAGGAAGAAAGUAGCGGAAGCAAAACAGAGGCAUUCUUAUCGCAAGAUUUCGACCAUGCACUUAACAACGAAAGAACAACAAACGGGCAUUCCAUCGUCCAAGGGAACUCGAAAAAGUUUUGGCGAAGAGGAUUAUUGAAUGGGAAAAAUACUUUCAAACCUCAACAAAACGGUGGAAAUGUCCAAGAUCCAUCUUGUGACGAAAUAACCUCCAAGGAGCUCACGACAAAAAAGUCAUCGAAGAACAAAAGCGCGUCUUCAAAUAAUGCUCAGCGUAAACGCAGCCAGAGAAGAGAUAUGCGUUUGUUACGUACGCUUGUUAUAAUCUUGGCGCUUUUCGUCAUCAGCACGGUACCUCUUGGAAUUCUGUUUCUUGUAUCAGUAACGGAAACAGACAAGCGGUAUGUUAAAGCAGCUAAAUAUCUUUUGACGCUAUCUCUUCUGAAUUCAUUAAUAAACCCAUGGGUUUAUUUUUGGCGAUUUCGUGAGAUGAGGGACGCCAUUAAACGUCUAUUCUGUUCUCCCUGCACAAAACGGAAUCGCGCAGGACGUAGAAGAGAUGAUGAAACUUGCGGAUGCUGCAACUUGCCGGGAACUCGAAAAAUGUCAAUUUUCUCAUCAAAUCAUAGCACAAAGAAAGGUACUUCCUCGAGUUCCAGUAGUGCUUUCUAAUUAGCUCAUACUUGAAGAAAAUAUAUGAUCAGCAGGACUGGCGAGCAUUAAUUAGGAUGGCUAAUGGUAGAAAAAUGCCUUGCCCUCCGACCCGAAUCUGCUCUAUAUAUUAUAUAUAAGACAUGAACUAUUUUUUCAUAGUUUGUUGCUACACUAUACUUUAGUGGUAUAUUUUGGAUGAUUGGAAAUCAUAGAUUAUUUGUGAUCAUUGUCAACACCAUGAUCUCCUUUUCUUUGCAGAUAAUAAGUGGACACAAAAAAAUAAUACAAUGGGGCGUUAGAAACAUUGUUGACGACUGACUUCUUAUUUCGAAUUUUGCUAUUGUUACACGUCCUAUUAAACGUCAUAGCUUACCCAUAUUCUUUACCUUAACUAUGUUUGUUGUCACGUUGCACCUUUUCCUAAUCAUUGCACUAUUCUGUUUUCCAUUUUUUCUGAAUGUUUUUGUACGAACAGCCUUAUUUUCUAACGUAUUUUUUCGUCUUAUUUUUUAACUUGCCCACGAAUUGCCCUUUGACCGCAUAAUGACUAUUUUCGUCUUUCAUGAAAAAUAAUUGAUAAUACUCAUUAAAAUGUCCAAGCUUGGGUCUUGCCUGAAUUUUAUGUUUAUUUUCCACCUAUAUAUUGCAUUUUCGCGCUGACUUCACUGCACUGCCACUGUAAAAAAUUGCUUCAAUAACGAGAUAAAUUUAAUUGGUCCAAAACUAGUUAGACGAUGUGCAAUGUUUCCUCUACUACAACUUUUUAAUUGACGCUAAAGAGUUAUGGACUGACUUUUUCUGUACGCCCAAACGGAAUACUUUUGCCUGUAAAAAAUGAUCUAACGCAUGUCGAUGUCAAUAAUGAAAUUAUCCACUUGUCACCUAUCAGAAUAUUUAAAACAAAAUUGAAGAUUUGCGUGUUUUGGUUGUUUUACCUACUCAAAGUAGUUUUUUGGCGAUUUUGAUUUAAUAUCUUUGGAAUAAAUCACAAUCAUUGAAGAAACAGAUAAUUGGUUCAUUUCGAUUUGCGAUUUAUUUCGGAUUUCCCGACUGUCAUAUGUUAUUUGCGCACAACUUCAGUGAGUAUCUCAACCUCGUCAUUUAUUUGCCUGUACAUUGUUGUUUGAGUAUUUUGAUAGAUUUUUUUUAUUUCUUCACAUUUUCGACAUUUUACAGUGGAUAUUAUUUAGUGUUAACUUUAAUUUAUUUCUUAUAUUUCGUCUUUGUAUUUUAGGUAUUUUCUGUGAAUAAAUUUGAUCACC